AUGUGGUUGCGGCAAUUCGUGUCGAGCGACGAGUGGCAGGACGCCGCAGCAGCGGGCAUCACGCUCGCCAUCUGCCUCGCAUGGAUUCUCUCCGUCCAAAAUCUCGUCAAGUUCCGUCUGCUCUCCGUCUAUCUCAGCCGUAAGCUCAUCCACAUCUUCACUGGUCCCAUCUUCAUGCUGACGUGGAACCUCUUCUCCAAUCAGCCCUACGCGCGCCUCGCCGCUGCCGUCGUUCCGCUCCUAAUCACCCUCCACUUCGCGCUCGUCGGUCUCGGCGUAGUUAAGGAUCAAUCAGCGAUUAACUCCGUCACCCGGCGCGGGGACCGCAGGGAAAUGCUGCGCGGGCCCGUGAUGUACGGGCUGUGUUUCGUCGCCUUCACUGUGCUCUUUUGGCGCCACUCCCCUUCCGCCUUUCUCGCGCUCAACGCGCUCUGCGCGGGAGACGGAUUCGCGGAACUCGCGGGGCGGCGGUUCGGAAACGCGCCUUCGCAGAAGCUUCCGUGGUCCGGGAUCAAGAGCUGGCCUGGCAGCGCGGCGAUGCUUCUCUGCAGCUUCGCGUUUGGGUUCGGAUCGCUGCUGCUCUUUGAUUCGUUCGGCAACUUCGCCCCGCGCCACGUCCACGUGGCAACAGCAGCGCCUGCCACGUUGGCAAUAGCAGCGGGUGCAGCGGUAGUGGAAGCGGUGGCGCCUGGCGAUUGGGACAACGUGCUUGUGUGUGUGGUCGUGGCUGUAGCGGGGGAGUUGGCAAUGCCUCUGCUGGUGAGGUGA